AUGUGGAAUUUUGCAUCAAAUUGUAUUGCUGGAAAUGCGGGAUUGAAGAAGGAUUCUCCAAACCCAACUCAUUCCACUUCAGAAUGUUCUGAUGAUGAAACCUCUGUUGUAGGAAGAGAGGAAGGGCUUGAAUGCCCGGUAUGCUGGGAAUCGUUUAACAUUGUUGAAAACGUGCCUUAUGUUUUAUGGUGUGGUCAUACCCUCUGCAAAAACUGUAUCUUGGGACUACAAUGGGCUGUUGUGAAAUUUCCGACGCUGCCGGUUCAGCUUCCACUUUUCAUCUCCUGCCCGUGGUGCAACCUACUAUCAUUUCGUUUAGUUUAUCGGGGAAAUCUUAGAUUCCCACGCAAGAACUACUUUCUUCUUUGGAUGGUUGAGGGCAUGAAUGGUGAUCGAGUAAAAUCUCAUUCAACUUUCUGUGGGGAUAAUCAACAAAAUUGUACAAGCAGGGGCAACUUAACAUUAGGAGGUCAAGAAAGCCAUAGCAACCUUCAGAGGGGGCAAGUUCACCAUCCAGAUACAUCGAACUCCAGCCAGCGUCAAGGUAGUACCGGUAAUUACCUCAAUAUGGAAAAUGCCCAUAUAUCUCUUCGAAAGUCAUUGAUUUUCUUUGUCCAGUUGACAGCUAAGUUCCCAUUGAUCCUUAUAUUUCUUUUGAUUAUCUUGUAUGCAAUACCGGCCAGUGCAGCCAUUUUAGCUAUGUAUAUACUUGUUACAAUCCUCUUUGCACUUCCAUCAUUUCUCAUCUUGUACUUCUCAUAUCCUAGCUUAGACUGGCUUGUCAGGGAAAUCGUGGCCUGA